UCAUUUUAUUAUAUGGAUUAUAUUAUUGCUUUAUUAUUUUUAAGCUUCAUCUUUUAUUGCUUCACCUUUUUUACUUCAAGUUUUUUGCUUCACCUUUUUGCUUCAACUUUCUUGCUUCAAGUUUUUCCUUCAUCUUUCUUGCUUCAAGUUUUUGCUUUACCUUCUUGCUUCAUAUUUUUGCUUCAACUUUUAUUGCUUCACCUUUUUGCUUCAAGUUUUUAGUUUCACCUUUCUUGCUUCAAGUUCUUGCUUCACCUUUCUUGCUUCAUCUUUCUACUUCAUUUUUUUUGCUUCUGCUUAACACUUGUUGCUUCACUUUUUUGCUUCACCUUUUCUGGUUUAAUUUUUGUUGCUUCAUCUCUUUCACGGAUAAAUAUUUACU